UGCCCCAUCAUUGGUGUCAGCGGGGGGAAUAGUGCCCCAUCACUGGUGUCAGCGGGGGGAAUAGUGCCCCAUCACUGGUGUCAGCGGGAGGAAAAGUGUCCCAUCACUGGUGUCAGCGGGAGGAAAAGUGUCCCAUCACUGGUGUCAGCGGGAGGAAAAAGUGUCCCAUCACUGGUGUCAGCGGGAGGAAAAGUGCCCCAACAUUGGUAUCAGCGGGAGGAAAAG